AUGAAGUUUCUUCUAGUCCUUGCUCUGGCAGUCGUGGUCGUUUCAGCCCAAUGGGAAGAUGGCAAUGGUGGUAACCAUCAUCAUCAUGAGGAACAUCACUCCCAUCCAAAGUACAAGUUCGAGUACGGCGUUAAGGAUUCCAAAACCGGAGAUCACAAAAGCCAGUGGGAACACCGCGAUGGAGAUGUUGUGAAGGGCCAGUACUCGCUGCAUGAGGCCGAUGGCACGGAGCGUAUUGUGGAAUAUACUUCCGACAAGCAUAAUGGACACCAUGAGGGAGGAUAUGGAGGUGAAAAGGCUUCUUCCGGAGGACAUGGACAUGGUCAUGCAAGUAGCUACGCCAAUUCGAACCUGCAUUCGUAUCAUCACUAA